AUGCCACCUCCGCCACACACCCGCCCUGAGAAUGUCCUCAAACGCGCGCAGGAACUCAUCGCGGUGGACCAGAAGCAGGCCGCUCUGUCCAUCAUGCAUGAGCAUGUCACCUCGAAGCGCACGCGUAAUAGCACUACCACCGCUCUCGAGCCCGUGAUGCUCCUCUUCGUCGAGCUCUGUGUCGAGCUGCGGAAGGGCAAGUCCGCUAAGGAUGGUCUAUACAACUACAAAAACACCAGCCAAAACACCAACGUCGCUACCAUCGAGCUUGUYUUCAGUCACUUUAUUCAGCUCGCAGAGCAGCGGGUCAAGGAUGCACAGGCCAAGGCGGAUGAAGUCUCGGCUGAAGGCGCAGAUCCGGACGAUGCCUCACUCGCCAACGUCACAGAUUUGGAGGCCAUGGAGACGCCAGAGUCCAUCCUCCUCUCGACUGUAUCGGGCGAGCAAUCCAAAGACCGCACAGAUCGUGCUAUCGUCACACCAUGGCUCAAGUUUCUGUGGGAGACUUACCGCACCGUGUUGGAUAUUUUUAAGAACAACGCCCGUUUKGAGGUCAUGUACCAGACCACUGCGCACCAGGCCUUUCAGUUCUGUCAAAAGUACACCCGCAAGACCGAGUUCCGUCGUCUAUGCGAGCUGCUUCGCAACCAUUUGCAGAACGCUGCAAAAUAUUCGCAGCAGGUGCAUGCCAUCAAUCUGAGCGAUCCAGACACACUUCAGCGUCACCUCGACACACGCUUCAUGCAACUCAACGUUGCUGUCGAGCUGGAGCUAUGGCAGGAGGCUUUCAAGAGUGUUGAAGACAUCCACACUCUUCUCAACCUCUCCCGCCGGGCACCAAAGAACUCUAUGAUGGCCAACUACUACGAGAAGCUCACUCGCAUUUWUCUCGUCAGCGAGAACUACCUCUUUCACGCUGCUGCAUGGAGCCGAUACUACAGUCUGCUCACCGUGUCCGCUCGCCAGGUCGCUGCCGGCGCAACCAAAAAGGACAACCCAACCAACAUCUCCGAUGCCGAUCUUUCCAAGGCAGCCUCGUUUGUGUUGCUCUCUGCUCUCUCCAUCCCCGUCAUCAGCACAUCGCGUUCUCGUGGCGCGCUGAUCGAUGUAGACGCAGCACGAAACACUAAGAAUGCACGACUCACCAACCUGCUGGGUAUGAGCUCGGCGCCAUCCCGCUCCAUCCUCUUCAAGGAUGCGCUCAACAAGGACAUCCUACAGCGUGCCCGUCCGGAAAUUCGCAACCUCUACAACAUUCUCGAGACCGACUUCCACCCGCUGUCAAUCUGCCAAAAGGUGUCUCCUAUUUUGUCGCAGAUCGGUGCUGACGAGGAGAUGAGGAAAUACGUCCUGCCUCUCCAGCAGGUGCUGCUCACGCGCCUCUUCCAGCAAAUGUCUCAAGUAUACACUGACGUCAAGAUGGACGAUGUUCUUGCCCUAGCUCAAUUCCCCGAGCCAUUCCAGGUCUCCCGCGCCACGGUCGAGAAAUUCAUCAUGAACGGAUGCAAGAAGGGCGAUCUUUCCAUUCGCAUUGAUCACUCCACUGGCUUCCUGACCUUUGACUCGGAUGUCUUCUCCUCUGCAAAGGCCAUGCACCCAGGUUCCGGGGCCGGCUCAGCCGAGUCGGAUGCCAGCUCGGUUCAGCGCCUCCAGAGCACGCCUGCCGAGAUCGUUCGAUCUGUUCUGCCUCGGAUUGCAAAGUGCUUCUACAAGGUGGCCCAAGUCGUUGACCCAUCUUUCAACGAGGCCCGACAAAAGGCCAAGCAAGCUGCACUGCAGCGUGGCGAGGCCGGUGCUGCUGCUGAGCAUACCGAGCUCAUCGCUCGCCGCGAGACCAUCCAAAAGAAGAAGGAGUCUGCUGCCAAUGCCCUUCUCGCGAAGCAGCGUGAAGAAGAACAGAAGAAGAGGGCCCGUCAGCAAGAGCUGCAGGCAGCCGAGACUGAGCGCUUGGCCCAGGAGACCCGCGAUCGCGAAGAGCGCCGUAUCCAGGCUGAGCGCAAGAAGGUUCAGCGGGAGGAAGCUGCUAAGCAGCUCGAAGAGCUCAAGAAGGGCGUCAAGGGUGUUGACAUUUCCGGCUUGGACAUUGACGACCUCGACACUGGUCGCAUUCGCAUGCUCAAGCUUCAGGCCCUGGAGCGUGAGAAGAAUGAGAUUGGCGAAAAGCUCCGCGUCGCUGGCAAGAGAAUCGACCAUUUGGAGCGCGCCUACCGCAAGGAGGAGAUCAAGCAUCUUCCUGCUGAUUACGCUGCUCAGCGUGAGUUGGAUCUCAAGGCGUACGAGGAGAGUAAGGCGGAAACACUCAACACUGCCGAGCUGAAGCACAAGGAAGAAGUGGCCCUGAAACACCGUCUCAGCCGACUCGYAUCUCCAUACGAGAAGUUCAAGCGCGACAUCACCGAACAACGCCACGCCGAUUUCGAGAAGCGUCGCAAGGCUGCUGAACGUGAGCUCAACGCACAAAUGGACAAGCGCCGCCGCGAGGUACGCGAGAGGAAAGCGGCCGAGAAGCGUCGUCUGGAGGAAGAGGAGCGCAUGCAGCGUGAGGAGGAAGAGCGGAUGCGGAUUGAGGAGGAAGAGGCUGCACGUGUCGCAGAGGAGAAGGCAGUCAAGGAUGCUGCUGCCAAGGCUGAGCGACRGCAGCGCGCAGCGGAGCGUGAGGAGGCUGCUAGGAGACAAAUGGAACGUGAAGAGGAAGCAGAGCGAAGACGCUUGGAGAGGAAGCAAGGCGCAUCUGCGGCCCCACCACGGUCAUUUGAGAGGCCCAUCGAGCGUCAACCCGAAGCCGCGGCUGCUCCCAGCGAGCGUCCUCGUCUCAACCUUGCCGGUGCUGGGGGCAAGCCAACGUGGCGCGAGCGCGAAGCUGCCAAAGCUCGCGGUGAAACGCUUCCUGGCGACGCAGCAGCAMCUGCUGCCCCAGCUGCCCCUGUUGCCCCUGUUGCCGCGCCUGAAGAGCCCAAGCGAGGAGGGUAUGUUCCACCGGCGUUGCGUAAGGCUGCGGCGGAAGGCUCGACUCCACCGCCGCCAGCUGGCGGUGCCUAUCGUCCUCCAGGUGCAAGCGGUGCGGGUGGUGCGAGCGGCGGUGCCUACCGUCCACCUGGUCGUAGGUAG